UCUCGUCGCCGUCGUCGUCGUCGUAGUUAUCGUCAUCGCGACGUCAUUGUAGGUUCGGUGGCGACGUUACAAGUAAAUCAUUACGCUCACAAUUAUUAUUCCGUUUUCUACUACACGUGUAUAGUAUUAUUCAACGGUGCCCAUCACGGUCGUCCGUUUUUAAACAAUAGGAUAAUUACAUAGACAUAUUAAUAUAAUAUAUACCUAGUUAUAAAAAUAUAUUUUCAACGAAAUUAAUGAUAACAAUUCUUUCGUAUUCAAAACAAUAACCAUUAUCGGCGGCGUUAUUGUAGCAGUUGAUAUAGCGAUCAGGAAAAAAAAAACUAACACUUAGAUAUAUAUAUAUAUAUUAUACGGUCAUACUUAAAGUGGUACCUACUUGCAAUAGCGUCAGUCGCACGCAAAACGUCCAAUGCUCAUGAUGAAUGAUUUCGGGUCGAUGGGCCCGGGCAACAUGAUGCCGCCGUCGUUCAAUCCCAUGUGCCAGGGGUUGUUCGAGCACCAAAUGCCCAAGCCCAGGUUGGCGUUCAAGAUGCCUCGAGUGGUGCCCGACCAGAAAAAUAAGUUCCAGACGGACGAUCUGUUCAAACGACUCAGUCGUGAGAGUGAUGURAGAUACACAAGUUACAGAGACAGGCCUCAUGAAGAAAGACAAAAUCGUUUUCAAAUGGGUUGUCGCGAAGGACACGUGGACAUCGCUUUUGCCACAACGGGGACGAAUCUGCAACUCAUGUUCACUCCGAAUAUGCCRUCGAUGGCAUCUUACCAUCAACCCACUAUUGGUUAUUGCGAUUUUGAAAAAGAACAAGGAAUGGUUCACAUCCUAUCGCCGUUUAUAAUGAAUGGCGUUUGYGUGCAGUGGAAAGGACGGAUCAAUUUAGAAAAGUUAGACGGAAUUGGAUGUCUAGAAUUUGAUGAAGAACGAGCAAUGAUCGAACACCAAAUAUUGCAAGAACAGAUAGAAAGGUACAACAACCGUAUAAAAGACCACCAGGACAAAUCACGGGUGUACAGACACCAAGAACGCGUCAACGUACCCGARAUGGACGUCAACAAGAGAUUUAAUAAUUUUUAAUCCAUUUAUUCAUUUUYGUUUUUAUUUCUUCUUUGUUAUUUAAUCUCGUUGGCAUUAGAUAAACCAAUUACUUAUUAUUAUUAUUCAAGAGAGUUGUGUAACCUCCUAUAUUAUUGACAGUGGAAAUGCCAGAWUAUAUGUAAACCAUACCGCCAACAAAACAGAAAUAAAGAUGUAGACAAAUUAAUAAAUACA